AUGUCAUUCGACAGAUUGAUACGAUUUGAAGACGCGGAAGGCGUUGAAAGAUAUGGCAACAUUGACAGCGACGUUGCGGCAUCGGAGCUGCUCGGAAAGUCAGUCCAAGUGGUUUUGGGCACUCUGGAGUCUGGCUUCAGCGUGUCUGAUCAACAAGCUGUAGUCGGAAAGCUGUUGUGCCCGCUGCCCAGCACUCCAAUCAUUAUUUGCGCUGGGGUCAAUUACAAGUCCCAUGCAACCGAAACAAAGUUUCAACCACCCAAGAAGCCUGUCAUCUUUGCGACUCCACCCGAUAGGCUCGCUGGACCACUGGACAAUAUCAAAAUCCACCCGGAUGCACAGGAGCUACUUGACUACGAGGGUGAACUAAGCGUCGUGAUCGGUAAAGAUGGAUACGACAUUAGCGAGGAAGAAGCACUGGAUUACGUUCUUGGUUACACCGUGAGCAACGACGUUUCAGCGCGCAACCUUCACGCACUCGAUGUCUCCGGCUAUCAAAUGGGAUACGCAAAGUCCUUCGACGGAUUUGGACCAAUUGGGCCCAGCCUGGUGUCACCUAAGCUUAUUGUUAACCCGCAGAAUCUCAAGCUGACAACCACUGUGAACGGAGCCGUCCGUCAAAGCAGCGACACGUCUCAGAUGAUUUGGUCGUGCCGUCAACUCAUCUCCUUUGCGUCCCGCGGUCGUACGCUGCGUCGAGGAACUGUCAUUAUGACUGGAACACCGGAGGGAGUAGGGUGGCAUACAAACGGCUGCCUGAAGGAUGGCGAUGUCGUCCAAGUCGAGAUUGAGAAGUUGGGCUACAUCAAGAACAAGAUGGUUUUCCAAAAGAGCGAAUGA